UCCGGUGGGUGUUCGGUCAUGGCUCAGGGGCAGCGCAAGUUCCAGGCUCGCAAACCCGCGAAGAGUAAGAAUGCAGCGGCGGCUUCUGACCGGAACCGGGGCCCGAGGAAAGGCGGUCGUGUUAUCGCUCCCAAGAAGGCGCGCAUCGUGCAGCAGCAGAAGCUCAAGAAGAACCUGGAAGUUGGGAUCCGGAAGAAGAUUGAACAUGAUGUGGUGAUGAAAGCCAGCAGCAGCCUGCCCAAGAAGCUGACCUUGUUGAAGGCUCCAGCCAAAAAGAAGGGGGCAGCCGCCUCCUCCACUAAGACCUAAAGGUACCAGCCCCAGCAGAGGUCAACACUGCAGCCCCACCUCCAUGCUCCAGCAUUGCAGGUGACCCUGCAGCUGCGCAGGAGAAGAAGACCCUGCCCCCAGCGCUAGGCUGUACCUAGAACUUUGUAGGGACCUGGCCCAUGAGCAGGUGAUCAGUAGAUCCAAGGUUUCCAAGAACCCAGUCAUGACCAAAAACAUGGUCACCACCUUCCUCAGUCCCAUUGCCCCAAUCCUGUCUCUUUCCUGGUUUAACCCUGAGCAAUAAACUUGGUUUUGUUCCUCUU